CAGCAUCAUUUUGCAGUGGCCAUGCACACUUUGCUGAGCAACAACAAUUGCCUGACUUGCCUGCACCGCCUUGAUUUGGACCAGGACCAGCUGCCGGCAGCUCAACUCAUCGAUGCGGAUUUGCAGCAAUCCCUGUUGCAGCAUCUCGAUUGGCAGGCAGAUGAAUUCAACAUUGAAUGUCUACCUAAGCAGUUGUGCAGAAGCUGUCACCAGCAGCUGCAGAGCUUUCACUUGUUUCAGCAACAGGCGAAUGCUUGCCGCCAGGAUCUGCUGUCCAUGGUAAAGCGGAUGCAAAAGGAAAUGGUCGAGGAACGACGCAAUGCGGCAUUUGAGAUUGUAUACGAGGAGCCACUAGCUGAAGAGCAGGAAAAGCAAGAGCGGGACCAAGAGCAGCUUCAAGAGAGAACAAGCCAGGAGGAUAACCAAGCCGAUCCUAUAGAUGAGGUACCUAAAGAGGAGGUGAAGGAGGAGCAGGAAGAGGUGCAGGCAAGUCAAGAAAAGCCCAGCACAAAACGGCGCAGCAAAGGCGUGAAGAACAGCUUCAAGUGCAGCCAAUGCGGUCACAGCUUUGCCCACAGUCUCACCUUGGACGCGCACAUUCGCAAGGUACACGAGGGCAGCAAACGACCCUUCCAGUGCGAUCGCUGCGACAAAGCAUACAGCUUCAUGGGCGGCCUCUACACACACAUCAAGGAGAUUCACAGUCCCCAAGAGCGUUCCUAUCGCUGUGAUCAUCCCGGUUGCGAGCGCGUCUACAUCAGCUGCAUAGCCAUGCAGAAGCACAAGCGACUUAAGCAUUGCGAAUCCUCUGCCGCUGCAAUUCGGAAGUAUGUCUGCGAGCAAUGCGGCGCAACGUUCAAUCAGACAGCGAAUCUCAAAUAUCAUCGACGCACCAAGCACCCCACCGAGGAUGAAGCGGCAGCCAAUGCGCUAGCCAGCGAACAGCAUUAUUGUGAUCUCUGCCAGAAACAUUUCCACUCCCGCUACACAUUGAAAUAUCAUACAAUGCAACAGCAUGGAGGAGGCAAUGCAAACAGCUCCAAGGAUCAGCCUACGCCCAUGCACGAAUGUCAGGUGUGCGGGCGUCGCCUGGCUAAACGUUUUAUGCUCGUGCAGCACAUGUUGAUGCACAGCUCGGAGAAGUUGCCCUGCGAGCAUUGUGGCCGUCUCUUUGCCCGCAAAUUCGAGCUGGAAGCUCACAUCAGAGCGGUACAUCUUAAGUUAAAACCCUUUGGCUGCAAAUACUGCGAUGAAUCGUUUGCUUCGAGAAAGACGCAACGACAUCACGAGUAUAUUCACACCGGCGAAAAGCCUUAUGUGUGCUCAACCUGUGGCCAGGCCUUCAGGCAGCAGACGUGCCUCAAGAAUCAUGGCAGAGUGCAUGAGAAAUCCAAGUGAGAGAUUCACUUAAUUUCACUCUUUAGUUGUAUAAGCAAAUAGAA